AUGCACUGCGGCGAAUUGCUUCUUCUGUCUGCACCUCUGUGUAGGUUGACGCAGACCUGCAUCAAGAUAGCGCCACAAACCGGUGCUCGCUCUACCCGAAAUAGUAUCAAGUUGGUACCCCCUUUCAACACUUCUUUUUGCAUUCUUCUCCCACUAGCUGCACAACACCCAUCCCCGUUGCCUGUCUCGAUUGCACCCCCCCUCACACCUUUGCGAUCUUCCCAAUUCGCUUGCAGCCCGCGCGGCUACCCAACAGCCAGAGCCUCGUACCACGCUCUCUCGCUCCAGUCUCCCCGCCUUCUUCCCUCCCUUUCGAACCCGCCACCCACCACACACGAAGAGGAACCUGCCCCUUUCGCCAUGGAGACUGAUGACGUACCGCCCGCGACGCCGCACGCCAGUCUCGAUGAUACGCUCGGCGGGCUCGACGGCUCGCCGCAGGUAGUCCCGUCACACCACAACCACCACCAUCACAACAACGGCACACACGAGCACGAGCCGCAAUCGCCCGGCGGCCAUUUACACCACCACCAGCAGCAGAGCCACGAUGACGACCCGGCGGCUACGCGGUACACGCCACCCGUGCCGGGUACUAGCGGUGGUGGCGGCGGCAGCGCACCACACUCGGCGGCGGCUGGGUCGCGCGCCGGCAGCGAAAUGUCGAACCCAUCGUCGACGCAGCACCAGGCGCAUGGCGGCGAGUACGGCGGGAGCCGUCAAGGCUCGGGAGAGCCGGCGGCGUCCAACGGCCGCAACCACGUCGUCAUCAAGGUCGGCAUGGUCGGCGACGCGCAGAUUGGCAAGACCUCGCUCAUGGUCAAGUACGUCGAAGGCAGCUGGGACGAGGACUACAUCCAGACGCUCGGCGUCAACUUUAUGGAAAAGACCAUUUCCAUCCGCAACACCGAGAUCACCUUUUCUAUCUGGGACCUGGGCGGCCAGCGCGAGUUUGUCAACAUGCUCCCGCUGGUCUGCAACGACGCCGUCGCCAUCCUCUUCAUGUUUGACCUCACGCGCAAGAGCACCCUCAACAGCAUCAAGGAGUGGUAUCGACAGGGCCGCGGCUUCAACAAGACGGCGAUUCCUAUCCUGGUCGGCACCAAAUACGACCACUUUGUCAACUUUCCGAUUCAAGAUCAGGAGGAAAUUUCCAACCAGGCGCGACGUUUUGCCAAGGCGAUGCGAGCCGCUCUCAUCUUUUCCAGUACUAGCCAUAGUAUCAACGUGCAGAAGAUUUUCAAGAUUGUCUUAUCCAAAGCCUUUGACCUCAAGUGUACGAUUCCCGAAAUCGAAAACGUCGGCGAGCCGCUACUCUUGUACCAAUCCGUCUGA